UGUGGUACCGUUUGUUUAUAUGUGCGUCUCGUCUGUUGUUAUCACCGGCGUAAUAUUUUAUAAUCCCUUCAAUACGCUGAUGUUGAGCGGAAUGUGAGGAUAGUUUAAGAGAUAAAUCUUUGGUAAAUAAGACUAAUUCGAAAUAUGCGGGUGUGUUUUAAUAAAAAUUCGUGCUUUGUUAAUGUGAAAUAGGUGUACUAUAUAGAAACAAUAAAAGUGAAGUGUAUUUGGUCAUUAAAUAUUGUUAUCGGCCCAAAAUCGUGAAGAAAACAAGGCAGAAUGAGUCAAACUCCUACAAAGGGGCGGAAACCGACGUUUCCAGGAUCGUUAACUGACCUUCAUCGAUUCAGAAAAACAGCCCAUGGCCACGAUGGAUCCAGCAGGAUUGUCAUGGUCAGAAAAACUGACCAGAGAACGUUUGCUUCAAUUAAAAAGGGACAGGAACCGACAUUAGAGACAAUAACUCGUGAAACAAUCGAAACGUUUAGAGGCCAAAGAACUGAGUGCAAAAUUACCACAGAGAAAAAGGAUUUCGAAAAUCGCUGUCCUCAGGAUAUAAUCGAGGCAUUGGCUGAUAGAGGAGCACAAACUCUCAAAAGAACUAUUAUUAAAAAACCAAAUCAAAAAAUGGACUUUCAGCAAGAAUGUUUAAGGGCUCACAACGAAUAUAGAAGGAAGCACGGAGUACCACCUCUGAAACUAGAUAAAGAAAUGUGUAAAUUCAGUCAGCAAUGGGCUGAUUCCUUAAUCAAAAGAGAUGUGUUACAACACAGCAAUAAUAGGGAGUAUGGAGAGAAUCUUUUUAUGAUGCAAUCGUCGAAUCCCAAUUUCACAGUCUCGGGAAAAGAAGCAGUUGAUACUUGGUAUGAAGAAAUUAAAGUUCACAAAUUUGGUAUGGAGCCUCAAAGCUUGGCUUCCGGCCAUUUUACUCAAGUGGUGUGGAGGGAAUCGAGAAAUCUGGGAGUAGCGUUUGCGAAAUAUCGAGGUAAAGUGGUCGUUGUGGCCAAUUACUAUCCGGCUGGAAAUUUAAUAGGAAGCUUCAGUGAAAAUGUACCACCCCCUGGAGGAUUUACGCCACUUAAUAACAACAAUAUAGAAAUACAAGGUCGUCUGAGUCGCUUAUCUCUAAGUUCCCGAAGCUCAAACCGAGAUCUAAGAAGCGUCACCGAGGGCAACUUCGAAGAAGACUUCCUCGAAGCACACAACAAGUACAGAGUACGCCACGGCGUUGCUCCCUUAAAACUAGACAAAAAACUAUGCAAGUAUGCUGAGGAAUGGGCCAAACACUUAGCUUCCAGAAACAUCUUGGAACACCGGCCCGAAAGUAACUACGGCGAGAACAUCUACUGCUUGUAUUCUUCGGAUCCCAGCUUCACCAUCAACGGUAACGCACCCGUCGACACUUGGUACGAAGAGAUCAAGGAUCACCCUUUCGGCAGGGAACCAAGUAGUCUAAAAUCCGGCCAUUUCACCCAAGUAAUAUGGAAAUCCAGCGAGAAUCUCGGGGUUGGAGUGGCCAAAUCUAGUCAGGGAAGUAUUUACGUGGUAGCCAAUUAUUUCCCGGCUGGAAAUUUUGUAGGACACUACGUGGAAAACUGCCCACCCUUGAGACCGGCGUUCUAUAACGGGGUUUCGGAGAGUAUGGCUAAAAGAAAACCUACAAGUGAAAACCUACAGACCUACGCUGAUAAUAAAUCCAGUGUUCUCGAUCUAGAUACGUUUUCUAAGGAAACUUUGAGUAUUCAUAAUGAAUACAGGAGGAAACAUGGCGUUCCUGAUCUAAAACUGAAUCCCGAGAUAUCUAAAUUUGCUCAAAAUUGGGCAGAUACCUGUGCCCGCACCGCCAGCCUACAACACCGAGCGAACAACCAAUACGGUGAAAACCUCUUCUCCAUGUACUCUUCCGACUACAGCCACGUACCCACACCUAGAGACGCUGUCAAAGAAUGGUACGACGAAAUCAAACUUCACACUUUCGGUGUAGAAAAAGUGUCUCAAGGAUGCCUUCAUUUCACACAGUUAAUCUGGAAGAACACCACUGAUCUAGGAGUAGGACUGGCCAAAAAUAAAAAAGGUCAAACGUAUGUGGUUUGCAAUUACCAUCCCAGAGGAAACUAUGGUGGCCAGUUUGCCGAAAAUGUACCGAAACCAAAAUCAUGACGUCAACGUCCUUUCAAAAGUCCAAAAAGUGUUACGUUUCUUGUGGCACUGCCUCACUCUACACUUUAAACCAAAAAUUUUUUCAUUCCAGCUUUCCAUGCCAAAGAUAUUACUGUGGUAUUUUAAUAUUGUUGGGUAUUGUUAAAAACAUAUUUUAAACUAAUAAUAUUUCAAUAGGAAUCAAUUACCAAAGACACUAAACUUACCUUUUUUUAAUUGAUAGUCACUCUAUAUAUUUUAAAGCAAAAUUGAUAUGAAAUUCAAGAACUACAGAUUUAAUGUUUCUCUAGAUUUCAUAUUUGACUAUAUUCUGUGAUAAGUAUACAUAAUAAUAAGUCCCAGUGUCAGUGUACUACAUUUCUAAGCCACCUUGAAAUUUCUAUAAAAAAAAUCACAAAUUUACCUAAAUACACUAAACCAAGAAAAUACAAUACUAGUUCACCACACAAUACACCAUUACACUUUACUUAUUUCAACACUGAAUGCGCGUUUUGCUAACAUACAAUAAAUUAUAGUAUUCACAGAUUGAGUUUUUAUGUAGGGACAUGAUUGGCAGUCGCCAAGCGUUACAAAACCAAUCUAGUGUAACAACAAAUAACGGAAAUUAGAGCAAUGGGAACUGAGAAAUAAAAGGAAU